GUUAUCGCUAUGUAAACAGAUAUAAGCCGACGUGACGAAAGCGGUCGACAGACGUGACCGACUGCUUCUUCAGUUGAUCGAGGAAAUUUGAUCGAAGAGAGUGUGAAUCGUAACACGAGAUUCUUGCCCAACAAAUUAAGAAACAGCGUCCCAUAGUAUUUUCCUGCAGUUUAUCCGACAAAGCAAUAUAAUUUAAUAAACGUAUAAUAUCUGAUGUUAUGCUGUCGAAAAUGCUGCACAAAAUGUCCAACGGAUGUGAAGGUGAAAAUAUGUGGAGUGAAAUCGGUGAAGUCUCAAACCUGCACGUGUAUCCCUUGUCAUCAUGCAAGCCUAUGGAUGUUUCGGAAAUUCAUAUUGGCCAUAACGGAGUGGUUCUCGACGAAAGUAUUUGGAAUAACAUGCUCGUAGUAUACAACGCGGACAGCAAAUGCAUCUACAAUAACUCUGCCGCCAAAUUGUCGCACAUAAUAGUAAAAAUCAUAACAUCACGUCAAAUGGAAUUAUCAAUAUCAGAUUUCAAGUUCAAGUUGGACUUAGACAUAUUAAACAAAAAUGAAUUGCAUUCAGUCGUUUGCAUACAGUUGGUGGACAGUAAAUAUAUAGUGAAGAAGAAGUACAUCGAUUGCGGCGACGUCGUUGCCAAUUGGUUAAGCCAUUAUCUAGACGAAUUUAAUGUACGUUUAGGAUAUGUCGACCUAUCUGCACCCAAGGAAAUUAUACAAAAUUAUAUUGAGUGGAUGUACGAUGAUAGCAGUAGUAAUCAGAAUCUGUUAAACCCAUCGUCUUGCCGUUUAAUGUCACUAGAAUCGUUCGAAAAGAUGAAAGAAAAUAUAAAUAACAUCGACAUGAAGAACUUUAAUCCGAAUAUCAUUAUCACGACCAAACAGCCUUUCAAAGAGGACCAAAUAGAAUUGUUUAAGAUAGGAGACGUAGUUAUAAAAACUCGUCGAUUAUGCCUGAAAUUUGAAGGUAAAAAAGCACUUCAUAUCCCCAUGGAAAUGAGAAUGCAAUUUUUGUCGCUAAAUUGCGAAACAAUCAAAUCGGGAAAAAUAAAAACUGGUGAUAAAGUAUAUGCUAUACUAAAGAAAGAAAAGUUUAAAGGACCCUCGUCUUAUGAAAUAAAUGGUUUUGUAUCGAAAAAAUAUGCUGCAGCACGAAAAAAUGAGUUAACAAAGAAGUAAUAUGGAAGUUUUUGAUGGACACUGUGAAGAUUAUGAUAGGUUUUAGUAGAAGAUAAUCAUCGAUUAUAAUUUAUUAUAUUGUAUUAAUAAGUGCACUCACUUCCUAAACGACUUGCACAUAUUAUUCCCUAUGAAAUUGCAAUGCCCCAGGUUACUUGAAAGUUCCUCAAGUUAGAGUUAAGACAUUAGGGUGAGAAAAAAGAUGUAGCGUGCUUUGUCAUUUCAUUCUUAAAGCGCAUCUCUCUCACUCUCAAAUGUUUAUUUUUAAAAAUAACAAACAGGAAGUGGGACUAUUGGGAAUAAUCAUGCUCUGUCCUAACUCUGACUAGAAAAACUCUAGGUGACGUGAAUUGAGAGACAUUGUUGACGCAUGUGACCGGUUAUGAUAGAAGCCGAAAUGACAGUAUACGAUAUAAGUAUUGGUCUUUUAUAAUUGGCCAAUUGUUACAUUCUUCACUGGUAAGUAAGAAUGUAAUAAAGAUACUUACAUUUUUUCUGAAUCCUCACAUACAAUGGCUGCUCAUAAUGUUUGCAAUGGUUGCGAUAUUAGAUAUUUUAAAUAUUAGACUCUUAUUAUAAUCAAUUACUGCGUAAUCGAUACUGCCAUUACUUGCAUGAUAACUGGUUGUGACAAUAACAUAAUGCGGCAUAUAAAUAUCGGCUGUUUAUUAUAAUAUUAUCUGAUAAAUAAGAAAAUGUAAUAAUUGCAUUUAUGUUUUUUUCUAAAUCAAUUAUUGCAUGAUACUGAAUGUCUUAUAUAUUGUCACUUUGGUUCCUGUCAACGAGUUUCCGAAUUUUGUGAGUAAUGACUGACAAUCGUGACAGGCGCGAACUUCAUCGGAAAAAAAUAUGUUCAAAUCUAUUCACGAAAUGAGUAUUUACAUAUUUAGUGGUAUUUAAAUAAAAUAUUGUAACAAAUAUGUAAGGACAAUAAUAAUUAGUCCUGUAAGAGUAA